AAUCAGCUGUAAUGUAAUGGCGGACAGGUGGAGCGGUUAGUGAUAAGUGACGUUAACUUUAGUUUGUGACAUUUUUUUUAAUUCAUAAGUUUUAAUGCUAACUUAUCUUUUCGUUAAAUGAGUAGUCCAUGGCUAUCUUAAAGAAAUUACCGGGCUUUGCUUUGCAGCAGACUCAUGGACGACACUGUUAGUGAAUUAUCUGGUGAAUCAAUUCCCUCUGAUGAUUAUGAGUUCAUCAAUGACCCUCUUCAACGGCAAAAUUUGCUGUAUCCAUUGCCAUACCUGAAAAUAGCAGACAAUGGUGAUCUCAACCAGUUAAAAACUUGUUUGAAUGAAGUGCUAAAUGAAAGUGAAACAAUGAGUGACUCUGAUCAAAAAGAUUGCUCGGAGGGUAGUAAGCUCAAAGAAAAUCCAAUCUCUCCGAAAGAUGAUUAUAUGCCCUCUGAUGUGGCCAUCAGUGAAAUAGCUGAUGACGAUUAUUGGGCGACACUCGCAGAGAACAGUUUUUCAGAUAAUGGCGGCGACAUUAUUCAAGACUGUACCAUGUUCAAUGGCAUUACUUACCUGGGUGCAGCUGCAAUUAAUGCACCCAAAAGCGAGCCAGAAAUCUUACGUAAUAUGGCAAUUCUGAAUAAUGAACAAUCAGCUGAUACAGCAAUUAAAGUGUCUCUUUCAAUUCCCAGUUAUUCAACUGGAACUGUAGUUAUAUAUGAUGCAGCAACUAAUGUUGUAAUGGGUAAAUAUGAAAUCCCUCGGAUUUCUUUUUAUGCGCGUGGUACAAGCGAUACCAAAGAGGCUGCCUGUUUCGCAUUCACCUGGUCGCACGGUGAUACGUUAGAAUCAGCUAUUUUCCAGUGCCAUGUUUUCAAAUGUGAUAUUCCUGAAGCUGUUGGACAAGUUUCAUUAUGUUUUGCCAAGGCUUUUGAGAAACCGAAAUCUAUGACACUAUCUUUGAAUGGUGAUCUGAGUCAAAGUGAGCAAUAUGAAUUUGGAAGUAAAGCAAGUAAUGUGAAAAUGUUUGUUUUUGAAGUUUUAUUAGAAAUCAAGGAAGAUGAUGGCAAGGGAGGUUUUGCAUUAGUGCCAAGAGAGAAAAGUUACCUAAAAUUAAGGAGUAAUGUAGCUAAACAAAUUUGCCUGACGGUAAAGCAGGUCAUGUCAAACGAUGCUGAUGCCCACUCUCUUCAAGUUGAGCGAUGUUUCGGUGUCCUAGUUUCUCCUGGCCGCCAUGUCCGUCAUAGUGAUAUGCAGUUACUAGAUAUUUUUUCUAUGGGCCUAAGAUCAGAAAAUGGCUGCACAAGCUAUAUUAUUUCUGGACACUGGGAUCCCACAAACCCUGUAUUUGAGUCAUUAAAUGUUGAAAGUCAAAAAAAUUAUUUGACAAUUGCUGUUGAUCUAGUUAUGGACUGUAUUAGUGAGCCAGUUAGAUUCUCGUUAGUUACUCCUGUGAAAAUAUUCCCACAGAAUGAAAAAUUCUGGUCUUUUAUCUGGCGGCCUGUCAUCCAACAGUUUUAUUUACACUUACAACAGGUUCCUAACACUGAAAAUCUAGAAUAUAAGCUAGUAUCUAUCGAAUGCUCCGGAGAGUUGGAUAGAAAUAGAUUAAACUUGACGUUUAACAAGCUCGCUAACUUUAUCAGAUCACCCAGCCUAAGCUCUGUUGAAGCACUCUCUCCCCGAGAUGACUCAUCGGAUGGAGAUGAGCCUUUGUUGAGUGGCACAGGAGAGGUUUCGAAAGACUGCCCCGAAGACGAAUUAUCUUCUUGGGCUGAUGUAUUGGCUAGAUGGAGAGCAAACAAUGCAAAACCACGACAAUUGAACUCGCUAGUCAAACAAGGUAUUCCGGAAGCCUUGAGAGGAGAGGUGUGGCAGAGACUUGCACAAAGUGAAAAUGAUGAUGCAACCAUGGAUACCUAUAGAAUACUUAUCACCCAAGAAAGCAGCUGCGAAAGUGUAAUUCAAAGAGAUAUCAACCGUACUUUUCCUGCGAAUGAUUUUUUCAAGGAAGCAGGAGGAAUGGGCCAAGACUCUCUGUAUAGGAUAUCUAAAGCAUACGCUGUUCAUGACUCUGAAGUUGGAUACUGCCAGGGACUCAGUUUUCUAGCAGCCACACUCCUUCUUCAUAUGCCAGAAGAGCAAGCGUUUUGUGUGUUGGUGAAACUUAUGUAUGAUUAUGGACUUAGAGACUUGUAUAAAGAUGGUUUUGAAAAUUUGUAUUUAAGACUUUACCAACUCAACCGGUUGAUAGAAGAGCAGAUUCCUGCCUUAUGGUCUCAUCUGAAAGAAAAAGGAGUGGAGACUCACAUGUUUGCAUCUCAAUGGUUCUUGACAUUAUACACUGCUAGAUUUCCCUUGUAUUUUGUAUUUAGAGUCAUAGAUCUUUUUCUCUUUCAAGGUCUUGACACAUUAUUUCAAAUUGCCCUUGCUUUGCUCAUGAUGAUCAAAAAAGAUUUAUUAGCUCUUGAUUUUGAAAAUAUUUUGAAAUAUUUCCGAGUAUCAUUACCGAAAAAAUGCCGAAAUGAGGAAACAGCAGGACUUCUAAUCAAAUAUGCCUGUAGCAUCAAAGUGAAGAAACUGAAGAAGUAUCAACAAGAAUUCCUUGCACUAAAAGAUGAACCGACAAUUAAAAAGAAGCACUUUAAAUCUUUUCGAAGGAAUAUGAGCCAGCUGAUGGAUAAUAUGGAUGGAACUCUAAAUUGGUUGAACAUGUUAUGAAUGUAGCCAGAAGUAUUUUUCAUAGCUCACAAAUACUUAUAAAGCCCAACUGAAUGUUUUAAAAGUUCAGGGCUUCAGACGUAGAUGUCAUCAAAUUAACUCCCAAAGUAUUUUGUACUGUCUCUCUUAAUCUGUAGUUACCAGUUGAAAACUCCUAGUUUAACGAGUCACCAUUACGUGUAAAAUUUCUCUCCCCUCCCCCCUCUCAUUUUCUUCCUCGUCUGGCUCCCUCUCUCUUUCUCUAUCUUCUUCUUUUCAUCUCGGGCCGUAAAAAUUUUCUCCAAAAGAGCUUUACUCAGAAACAGGAGAAGCUAUUGUUCAUAGAUUUUUUUCAGGGGUGCAUGCUUAUUUUCUUUAAAUUUAGUUGUAUCCCUUGUAUUGUUACUUCACCAGUGAUCCCAAUUAUGUAAUGGGUCAGUUGUGCUAUUUACAUAUUCAUUUUUGACGAUUUACACUGAUAGAUUAGCAUAAAAUACUAAGAUCCGUCCAAACGCGGAGAUUCUGCGUUCAGUUUAAACGCAGAUACCGUUCAUCAAAAAACGUGGAGGAUUUCCACUGUGCUGGCGCGUAUCAUGGUUUCUUCCACCUUGGUUUCAUUCAUGUUGCACGUCGAGCAACCAAUGCAAAUGUGUGUAUCACUGAUGAAUCCAAGGUGGAAGAAACUGGUAUGUAAUACCACCAUGGCUGAUGUCAUGUACCGUAUUGUUUGAAGAGUGAUAUCUCCAUUAAUGUUGGUUGCAAGAAAUUAGCGUUGGGACAGAUCUCUCUAUUUUUUGCUUUUUUAUGAGUUUGAACCUUGAACCAUUAAAAAACGAUUCUAUGACUAGCACAACUGACCCAUUGAAAACAGAAUUGUUCUAAUGUUUAUUUCAAUUUUUUGUGAAUUUUUUAAAAAAUAUUAUAAACUGAAGAAAAAUCUGAAGGCUAAUUAAUUAAUUACUUAAUUAAUGCACCCUACAUCUUUGAUAAUAAUCAGAAAAUUACAGAAAACUUCAACAGGCAUUUUGCUUUACCUUUUAUCUAAAAAUUACGCUUCAAAACUUACUUCAACUCUGAAGUAACUUCGAAUGUUUUGCUGGAUUAUUUUUUCCUAAUCAGUUGUGAAGCUCAUUAGCUUGUUUAGCGGAUGUAUGGAUCAAUUAAACACUUGUGAAAUAUUUCUGAGAGUGACAGAACAUACACUGCACAUGUUUACUCACGAAAUGCAUGGUUCUCCGUUAGCACGAAGGAACUUUUUAAUGAUGAGUUCAGUCGUAAUUUUAUUUGUCUAAAUUUUAUCUUUAAGUCCCAGAAUAUAGAAUUACUUUGAAUUUGUCUCUAAAGUGAUAACAAAAUAGAUCUUCAACAGACUCCAUCUCAAGAACCAAACAAACAUCUCAGUAAGCAAAACGCAUAGGUCAUGAAAUUUUCAUAGAUACUGCCUAUAUGUCAUGAUCCUCAUGACAAUCUAAGUAAAGUUGCAUUUCUCAGAGGUGUAAAUGGCAUGUUCUCAGUCUUAUCCUCAUUCAAUGAAGGGUACACGCAAUAAAAUGCUUGAAAAUUUACUUUUAACCAAGCCGUAAAUGCUGACAAUAAACUUAGUAAAAUCUAUAUCAUUUGAAUGGUGCCUUCCAUCUUAUCAAUCUUAAGUGAGCGUGUGUAAUUUUAUAUGAGUCAGAAGGUGGAUUUCCAAACUUUUUAUCAUGUACAACUUAUAUCUCUGUAUAAAGGAUUUUUUUUCUAUUCAAAGUGCAGAGGAUCACGAUGAACUGUAUGAUUUUUACUUUAUUAUCCCAAUCCACUGCCGUGGUCCAGCCUGAUCAAUGCAUUCCAGUGGGACGCAUUGAUCACUCUGCUGAGGUGGUCAUUAAACCGUUAAGUGCAUCUUAACAUCUAGCUGAUCUGCUGAGAACCACAUGUAACCCGAUUCAUGAUGUUCCAUGCAUUUAAAUUAAUUCCUUGAUCCUGAGGAGAGAGUUCACAUUCAACUUUUGUCAGUAUUUGAGUUCAUAUCUUGUCCCCUCGUUCAUUGCUCCGGUCAUUUAUUUUUUGCAUUUUUCUUUAAGUUACUUGAGGUGAAUUUUGGAAAUAAAACCACAGCUCAGAAGAGCAUUUCAAAUUCAAGUCUGUGCACCCACAUAAUUGACUGCCAAACACCACCACUUGAAAUUUCGCUUCUACUGUAGCAGAUCGCCCUUCAUUUUUCAUGUUGUUAAGUUUUGUGGUGUUAAAUUUGACAGAGGCUUCCAUGUUGUAUUGUUUUCACCACUUUUCCUCCCUUUAUGAUCCUCAUAAUAUGUGUACUGUGUAUAAUGGGCUAAACAUAAUUGCCAAAAAGUAAAUAGUUAUGUCCUUUUUUAAGUCUGAAUAUAAUUACAAUCCUGUCACAAAAAUGUUUGAAUCUAAUAUGUACGCUUUGGUAGAAAAGUUGUAUUUUGGCAUCCUUGGAAUCCUUUUAUCAGUUUUAAAAAUGAUUUUCUUAGCACAGUGUAAGAGAAGAGUCAGUGAGUCAGUCAACUGCGUAAGUUAUGUUGUAGAUUUUCAUGGUAAUAGUGUCUGGUCUAGAAAGUCAGCAUUAUACUUCAGGAAAUUAAAUUAAAAAAACAUAAAUGUUUCCUUUUACACAGUUCAAACACAUUUCUGCUGGUACUAUCAUCAUUUUUAUUGCCAAAAAACAUUCUUAAAUUUGAUACUCUCUCAAUGCUAUGUAAAAUACAUAAUUAUCUUUGCUGUACUUUGCUUACCAAACUGCUCGGAAAAAAGUUACUUCAAUAGAAACUUCAGUUUCUGUAGUUUCUCUCCCGAAAACCAUCGCGACUGAAAAAAAUCAGUAAAAAAAAUGUCUGUAGCACUCUAGUUAUCGGGUCAUGAUCUUGUAUUUUCCAAGGGUGUCUAAUUAAAUUUUAGCCAAAAUAUUUUCUUUCUGUUGCACAAUUUAAGGGUAAGUCUUUUACACCCUCAAUUCUUACACUGUUAACCUCUAUGAGCACAGGCAGACAGACUCAAAAUUUACGAGGGAGCAGUCACCUGGAUUAGAGGGCCCAAGGGGCAACUCUCUGUUCUCAAGCUUUUCUUCAGAAAAUGUUGAAAAUCUUGCACCUCCUUAAUUGUGUUCUAGGCUCUAUUAUGCCUCUCUUAAAGUUUCAUAAGAGGCCCUGAAGAACUAAAAAGAUCUCGUCUAGAGUUGCGCUGAUAUCGCUUUUUUUCGACAAAAUUUGUAGGGCAAUUUACCUCCUUAGCCAGUCUGUCCCACACUACGAGAACUCAACAUUAUAUAUGUAUAGCAGAUUUUCAUCUCUUGCUCGAAGGAAUACUUAUAUCUCAAUUGCGCUAUCUCAGUAUUUCUUCUCUACAUUUAUGUGUUUGUAGGGGAACAGUCACAUGAAUUUUCCUGAAAUUUCCUGUGAUUUUGCCUUACCCUUGUGAGAGGAGACGUUCAAUUUUUCCGACAAAUUUAUGCUGCAUGGUUCUCCCAUGAAAAAUUAAAAUUUUCAUAGGAAUUCUAAAACAGCUCGGACGAGAUACGUUCCUUCGUUCAAGACACAACGAUAUCAUGACUUUUUGCCUCUGUCAUUUCUUUCACUCGAAUUUACCAACUUAUCUUCAUAACUUCUACCUCAAAUUAAUAAGCCUAAGUUUUUUUAAAUUAUUUAAGGGUACUUUUUCUUUCCUUUAGUCCAUUAUGUUUUUCCUAGUAUCUUUAUCAACUCACCCAGGUGUUAAUGAAUUCUUACCUCAUGUGUAAACAUCUAUUAUCAAGAUUGAUUUUCUCACAUUUCUUCGCUAUUUUGUCACUAAUAAACUGAAACUUUAACGUCUCUCCUUACCUUUCACGACGGAUCACCACUUUAUGUAUGCACAGAUCUUUCUCUUUUCAUAAUUUCAUGAUUUUUUUUUCUUUGAGGAUUAGAUCUGUAAGAAAAGGUAGAUAGGAAAUCAUGAGACUUUUUUCUUGUUUAUUAUUUUCUUUUCUUAAUUAUUGUGAUAACGAUGAGCAAUAUUUUAUUUUGUAAAUACCUGUCGGUCCUUGAAACAAAGGACAGUGAAUCUCAUUUGAUUUUUAUUUGCAUCGCUCAGUUGAGCUAAUGUUAGCAGCAAGAUGAAUCAUCUUUUUCAGGAUUUUUUGGUUUAUAAUAUCUAUUUCAUAAUACAGAUUUUUAAUUCAUGAAGCUGCCAUUGUAUUCUAUAGUUCGUCAUGAAGCUGCCAUUGUAUUCUAUAGUUCGUAUAGUUGUCUUAAAGUUACUACACCUUUCCUCUCUUGCAACUGCUUUCUCAACCAUCAAUUACCGUACUUCUUGUAUUGUCAGAUAUCAAAUAUCAAUUAAUCUAUUGAUGGUUGUUGCAUACUUUUGAAAUUUUAACACCUUUCUUACCUAGAUUAGCAGAAACAAGUUAGAAAAUCACAUGCAAAACUGUUAAAUUUUUCAAUUUUUGUUUCAAAAAUUUGUUUCAUGAGUAAAAUAUUUCAAUCAAGAACCUAUUGAGUAUGACUUAACAAGCAAUAGUUAUAUACAGAGUGAGUCAAUAUUGGCAGCAAAGAGAAAAUAUUAUAAAGAAUCUCAAUUCCUAACUACCUACUCAUCUAUUUGAUUUUUUUACUAUCUUGAGGAAAAUAAUAUCUUCGGAGGAUCAUUUUCAUUUAUUCAAACAAGUAACUUCUCUGCCCAGUUAUUCAUUAGUUGAUAUUGUCUUGUAAUACAAUUUUCCUUUGCUUGUUCUGAUAAUUUUCUUCAAAAUUUGAAUAAAUUUUAUUUUUUGAUCCUCAUCAA